AUGGUGGCCUGGGAGCCACGGGGGUUUAUCCAGCCAGGGGACGUGAAGGAAAGCGGAGCAUCGCUCCAUCCCACCGGCCAGGCUGCAGCGUUAAGUAAAUUAGCUGUAAGAAAAUACACGGGGUCAAAUGUGAAGGCGUCAAGUGGAAGUGUUAAAGACAUCUUUGUUGGAGCCAGAAAUGGACAAUACAGGCUUUUAAAAAUAGUCAUUGACAAUGAGCAGCUUAUUGUGGGAUCAUCUAUGCGGCCAGUUGGAUCAUGGGAAAAGGAUUAUGAUUCCUUUGUCCUUCCCCUUCUUGAAGACAAGCAACCAUGUUAUAUAUUAUACAGAUUAGAUUCUCAGAAUGCUCAAGGAUAUGAAUGGAUCUUCAUUGCAUGGUCACCUGAUCACUCUCCUGUUCGUCAAAAAAUGUUGUAUGCAGCAACCCGAGCAACACUUAAGAAAGAAUUUGGAGGUGGUCAUAUUAAGGAUGAAGUAUUUGGAACAGUACAGGAUGAUGUUUCACUGAAUGGAUAUAAAAAAUAUUUGAUAUCGCAGUCCUCCCCUGCGCCUCUCACUGCAGCAGAAGAAGAACUUCGACAAAUUAAGAUUAAUGAGGUACAGACGGAUGUUGGUGUAGAUACCAAGCAUCAAACAUUGCAAGGAGUAGCAUUCCCCAUAGCUAAAGAAGCUAUUCAGGCUUUGGAGAAACUGAAAAAUAAGAAUCUGAAUUAUGUACAACUGCAAAUUGAUAUGAAAAAUGAAGUUAUUAUUUUGGCCAACACACUUCAUACGGAACUUAAGGACUUGCCAAAAAGAAUUCCAAAGGAUGCUGCACGUUACCACUUUUUCCUGUAUAAACAUGCCCAUGAAGGAGACUAUUUGGAAUCCAUAGUUUUCAUCUACUCGAUGCCAGGCUAUACCUGCAGUAUACGAGAACGAAUGCUCUACUCUAGUUGCAAAAGUCCACUGUUAGAAAUUGUAGAAAGACAGUUGUGGAUGCAGAUCAUUAGAAAGAUUGAAAUAGAUAAUGGUGAUGAGUUAACUGCUGACUUCCUUUAUGAAGAGGUUCAUCCAAAACAACAUGCUCACAAACAAAAUUUUGCUAAACCAAAAGGCCCUGCAGGGAAGAGGGGAACACGAAGAUUGAUUAGAGGUCCAGCAGAGACUGAAACACCUAGUGACUAGAAACUGUUGUGUUUGUUAUAAAGUAUUACAGUAAGAAAUGAAAUUGUUGCUUUUGGUAAUGAACUGAAAUCAUUCCAUUUAUAGAUGCUAGGGAAAAAAAAGCUCUUUUUACUCUUCUGACCUCAAGACUUUUUAUAUUGUUACAUGAUCAUAUUUCUGUUGGCCAUGUUUUACAACAUGUGGAAGAGCUAGUUAUUUUAAAUCUAGAAGAGGAAAACUAAGCUAGUGCACCUUUAUUUUAAACUAGAAUGCAUAUUUUAAUAGCUGUAUCUGUGAUCAUAAACCUUGCAAAUGUAAGACUGUUAAGCCCCUGUAUUCUCCAAGUUACAGCUGUAUGGCUAGAAAACAAACCUGUAUUCUUCUGAGUAGCCUAUUGA